AUGUUGCACAAUCGGUCAAACUACCACAUUUCGUCCAAUUUAACGAAUAUAUUUGAUAUUUACGGAUUGAGCCAAAUGAUCUCUGAACCAACCAGGAUUACAUCAACAUCACGCACAUUAAUUGACCUUUGUAUAACUAAUUCUCCCGAAAAAAUUGUUAACUCUGAUGUCGUUCAUCUUGGGAUUAGCGAUCACUCACUGGUUUUUAUGACUAUAAAAAUACGUUAUGAACGUAUUGGCACGCACCGUACUAUCGAAACUCGUGAUUACAAAAAAAUUGACAGCGACAAAUUUUUAAAUGACCUUGUUCAACAGCCAUGGGAUUUAAUUAGCUUAGAGCCAAAUCCAACUGCUAUGUGGGAUCAUGGAAAACCCUGUUCAUGGAAAUUGUCGAUAAACAUGCCCCACUGA